AUGAACAAAAAUAAUACGGUGCAGCUGAAAGCCGCAGCUGAAGUGGGUAAUAUAGAUUUCUUCUAUGCAGUAAUUCAGGACGAUCCAUACAUUUUGGAGUGUAUGGAUUCGAUACCAUUUGUUGAAACUCCUUUACAUGUUGCUGCAUUUAAGGGUCAUCUCAAGUUUGCCACUGAAAUUAUGAUGUUGAAACCUUCAUUUGCUUUGAAGCUAAAUCAGCAAGGAUUCAGCCCGAUUCAUCUUGCUAUGCAAAAUGAUCAAACGAUGAUGGUGUAUCGCUUUGUCAACCUCAAUAAAGACCUUGUUAAAGUUAGAGGGAGGGAAGGCAUGACUCCACUUCAUUUUGCAAGUCAAAUUGGCGAGGUUGAUCUUUUAGCUGAAUUUCUCUUUUUGUGUCUGGAAUCCAUUGAGUACUUGACUGUGAGACGCGAAACUGCACUGCAUAUUGCUAUUAAGAAUCAACAAUAUGAGGCAAUACUUAUUAUGACUCAAGGAGGUGUUUUCAUGUUUGAAUAUGUUUUCCUUUUUGGUAUCAACUAUAGCAAUACUUAUUAUGACUCCAAGGAGGGCAGUAGGCAAAGUGUUUGUUCCGGUGGUUUGGUUUUCCAUUAGUUAUUUAUAUUCUAUGCGGAUAAUAUCGCCAACACGUUUGAA